AAUUACCCUUAAAUCUUACUUUAAUUUUAUGAUCGAAUCGUUCCCAGCUGAAUUGAUGCAAAGAAUGAUGAUUAAAGUUUGUAGCUUUAUUUGGGUUUCUUUCAGGCAUUUGAUCGAACACUUGGUAGGCUUGAUUCCUUUUAGAGCAUAUUAUGAUUAUGUUUGUGAAUCAUGUACAGCUGAUUUGGUGGAGAAAAAGAUGGUUCAAUUUUGUGGGUUCUUGUGGGUUUUGGUUUGUGAUUCUGUUUUGAGUUCUUCUAGGCAUUUGAUCAAACACCUGGCUGGUUCAAAGUUUGAUGAUGAUCAUGGGAAAAACUUUGAUAAAAGUUUGGUUUUUGAUGAGCAAGAAGAUCAAUUUAUUCGAAGUUUAAGUGAUUCGGGUUAUUCGAUAUUUGAUGACCAAAAAGAUCGAAUUAUUCGACGAAUAAGUGAUACGGACUCUGUGAUAUCUGAUGGGCUUGGUGAAGAAGAGAAAUCUGAGUUUACUUUUGGGUUUCAAUAUCAGAUGAAAGAAGAAGAUUUGAUUAGUUAUAAUGAUAACAAAGGUGUAAAUGAUGUUAAAACAGGGGAAACAGGGGAGGUUUUUAUGAACACAAGUAAGUAUGAAUUUGUGCCUGUUCAAGAUAUAGGUGGGUUUGUUGUAGAGCCAAAAGCAGGUAACUUUACUGUUCAUGAGGUGUUUGUGGAAGAGGGUUUAAAGGAUGAUGUUUUCACCAUUAAAGAAAAGCGAAAAAGUCAAGAUUUUGAUGAAGUAGAAGUCAAAGAAGAGGCUAAAAUUGAAGUUGAACAGAAAGAUUUGAAUGAAAGUUCAAGGCUUUUGUCAAAUGUCAAAGUUGAUGAUAUCAUGGAUGCAGAGGUUUCUUUAAGUCCAAAUCUUCAAAGGGUAGUUGAGUUUUCGGAUAUAGUUGAAGAAACAUCGGAAGAAUCUGCAGUGGAUGAUUCAGGGUGUGAAGAAGUCCAAGAUUUACAGGAGAAAAGUGAAAGAAAUUCGGGUGGAAAUGAAGAUUUGAAGCCGGAUCAAGUUAAUUGGCUGGGAGAUUUUUUCAUGAGAAAUGAUAGUUUUUGUCAUGGAUAUGAUAUAUCAGAAGAAGUUGUAUCUGAUUCGCCUGAUCAUCAUUUGGAGUCAGAGGGUUCCAGUGGAUUUUUUUCGAUUAGUCCUCAAAAUGUUAAGUCUGUUGAUGAACAAGAGUUGGAAAGUUUAAUUCCUCCUGUUCAAGAAGAGGCUGAUGAUGAUUACGUUGAAUUCGAACCAAAUCUACUGAAGGAAAAACAUAAUUCUGAUUCCAGCAAACACGAAUUAGAUUCUGGUUUUGACAACUCAAUGGAACCAGAAAAUGACAUGAUGGAAGGUACCGAAUAUGAGGAAGAAGGUGAGGUAAACAUAAAAUCAUGGGAUUUUGAUUCCGAUGAAGAAGAUGAUGCUGAUGUUUUAUUGGAACAUCAAGAGUUGAUCGGUCAGAUGAAAAUGGAGCUGAAGAACGCAAGAACCGGAGGCCUUCCCACCAUUCUUGAAGAAUCCGAAACUCCAAGAGUGAAUGAAGAUUUAAAACCAUUAAAAAUCAAUGAGAAGUUGGAGCAUAGAGAUCUAUUGGCUGAGAUUCAGAAGUUCUACAAGAGCUACACUGAAAAAAUGCGAAAGUUAGAUGUCCUGAAUUACCAAACAUUGCAGGCCAUUAAUUUUCUAAGGAUGAAGCAUCCAGAGCAGAUGAGCACAGGAGAAAACGCAUCACUUUCAGCAAUAAAAUCGGUUCUUUUGCCUAGCUUAUGGCCAUGCAAAUUAAGAAGAAUUUAUGCAGAUCCGACAUUAAAAUCCAUCACUGAAUUGCAUAAGGAUUUAGAAAUUGUAUAUGUUGGACAAGCUUGUCUUUCAUGGGAGAUUCUACAUUGGCAAUACAAAAAGGCCAAAGAAUUACAGCUAUAUGAUCCUCAAGGGUAUCGAUCUUAUAACCAAAUUGCCAUUGAGUUUCAACAGUUUCAUGUUCUUCUUCGAAGGUUCACUGAAGAUGAGUUGUUUCAAGGGCCCAGAGUCCUUAACUACACAAAGCAGCGUUGCACCUUUCGCGGCCUUCUUCAAGUUCCUGCAAUCAGAGAUGACAAUUUGAAAGAAAAGAAGGCAAGAAAAGAAGAAGAAGAAGAUGCAGUUUCGAUUUCAACAAUGGCCAAAAUGAUUAAGGAAUCCAUGACGGUUUUCUGGGAAUUCCUUCACACUGACAAAGAUACUACGAAUUUGUUCUUAACAAUAAUCCUUCAAGGCAGUAAAGCGCAUCUUCAAGACCCUGCAGAUUCCGAGCUUUUCAUGGAUAUCAAAACAAUUCAUCAAAAGAAAGACAGGAGGCUCAAGGACAUGCUGAGAACAGGAAACUGCAUUGUGAAAAAAUUUCAAAAACACCAAGAAACUGUUAUGGAUCAACACAUGUUUGUUUCACAAGUUGAAUUAAGGUUGGUUUCAAGAGUUUUGAGUUUGCCAAGAUUAACCAGAGAUCAACUGCUAUGGUGCCAAAGUAAGUUGAAUAAUAUAAAGUUCAUCGAUCGAAAAAUUCAAGUUGAAGACAGUUUGUUUUUGCUUUUUCCAUGUUGAAAAACAUAAAACAUAUACAAAUGUCAUUAGUAGAGUCUGCCCUCAUCCCACUUCUUUAUCUUUUAUCAUGUGUUUUUUUUGUAAGGUAGAUGGAGAAGUUGUGGAUCCUGUAGUACAUAUUAGUAAAAGUAGCAGCUUAUUUUGGAGGGUUUAAUAUGUAAAACUUUUUAGAAUUUUAAUAUUCAUUGAAGUUUUGAAUAA